GUGACUGUGGAGUUGCUGUGGCUCCUCUCUAUCCUGCUAUGUGAUUGUCUCUGGUUCGACUGGACACCAGACUACCUUUGUCACUGCUAACCUCCCUCCAUCAGAGAAGUCGUGGUGUCUGGUACGUGUGUGGAGAUAUACUCAGGAUCACAUGUCUGAGGUAUCUGAGGUAGCUUGACCACCAGGUACGACCAGCAGACAUGGCCAGCCCCAGGAGGUCUCUCUUUCAGGGCCUGAGUGUGCUGCUCCUGGCCUGGGCUCUGGUACACUGCCAGCCUCCUCUGGAGCCCCAGAAUGAAGAGGAGAAGGAGGAAGAACCCAUGGAGGAGACAGAGCCAGAGAUAGAGACCUUUACAGUCCCGGCUGUAGUGAACGCCGAGCCAGUUGUAUGUCCAGGGGAAUGUACCUGUACAGAGGGAGCGGUGGACUGUGCUGGGGUUGACCUCAUGGACUUUCCUAGUGAGCUGCCUGAGAGCACACGCAUUCUCUCGCUGCAGAACAACCAGAUAGAGGUAGUAACCAUUGAGGACCUGACACGUCUGCAGCAGCUGGAAACACUAAACCUGCAAAACAACUGUCUGACCACGCAAGGCCUUGAAGAUGAAGGAUUUACAGUGCUGGAACAACUAAGUUACUUGUACUUGGCCAAUAACAAGCUCACCACAGCACCCAAACACCUGCCUCCCUCACUGGUCAGUGCUGAUUUCGCCGCUAAUUUGCUCACGAAGAUCUACCCGUACACAUUUGGUCAGAAGCCAGGACUGAAGUCAGUGUAUCUCCAUGACAACAAGCUGACAGAUGCAGGGCUACCUGAGAACAUGUUUAACGGUUCUGACAGCCUGGAGGUUCUCAUCUUGUCCAGUAACUUCCUCCGCUACGUCCCUAGGAGCCUGCCCUCUGCCAUCUACCGCCUCCAUCUGAAGAGUAACAAGCUGGAGAAGAUCCCGACAGGGGUUUUUGAUACCCUGACCCGGCUCAGAGAGCUCUACCUGCAGAACAACUUGCUCAGCAACGAAGGCAUGGACAAUGAGACCUUCAGCCAGUUGACCAGUCUGGAGUAUCUGGACCUGUCCAACAACAACCUGAGUGUGGUUCCUCAGGGUCUGCCCCGGAGUCUGAUACUGCUACACCUGGAGAGGAACAGUAUCCGCAGUAUCCCUGGCAAUGCUCUCACAGCCUGUCGUAACCUUGAGUACCUACUGCUGCACAACAACCAGCUACACUCCCGCUCCAUACACCAUGCUGCAUUCCAGGGCCUGAAGAAGCUACACACCCUCCACAUGUACAACAACCAGCUGGAGCGUGUCCCCAGGGCCCUGCCCCGCCGAGCCAAGACUCUCAUGCUGCUUCACAACACUAUCAACGUGAUUGAACGCAACGACUUGGUCUUUCUCUAUUCCCUGACCGAGCUGAACCUCAGUUACAACCGCCUCACCAGCCCCAAGCUACACAGAGAAGCCUUCAGGAAGCUGCGUCUGCUGGUGACCUUGGACCUGUCAGGGAACGCCCUCCACUUCCUGCCCUUGGGCCUGCCCCGCUCCCUGCAGGUCCUCCGGGUGAAGGACAACCAGCUGAACUCCAUACCAGAAGGGGCGCUGCAGGGCAUGACCAAGCUCAGGGACAUCAAUCUCAGCCACAACCAGCUUAGACUCAACUCCAUCUACCAGGGAGAAUGGAUGGAGCUCCGCGCUCUGACGACUUUGGACCUGUCCAGUAACCAGCUGUCCCAUGUUCCAUCUGACCUGCCUGAGUCUCUGGAGUACCUGUACCUGCAGUCCAACCACAUCAGCACUGUCCCCGCCACCGCCUUUGACGGCACUCCAAAUAUCAAGGGCAUCUUCCUACGGUUCAACCAUCUGUUGGCCCACUCUGUGAAGGAGAGCUCCUUCAAACACCUGACCAAUCUGCAGGUGCUGGACAUCGGCCACUCGAGCCACUCCAACCCCUCCGGAGCCUCCUUCAGACAAGAGGAAGAGGAGGAGGAAGAGAUGGAGAUGAUGGAAGAGGAAGUGGGAGAAGGAUUCUCUUCAUAAGUUUAUCCCAUGGACACACACAGCUUGAAUGAUCCAAAACCAAAUGUUGCAGUUGUUUAGGCUGCAAUCCCAAAGUCCAGUUCUUUUGAAAGUACAGAAAACAGUAUUUUUGCAAUAGGUCAGGCUCAAUUCUGAAAUGUAAAUUGAACUAUGAAUGGAAGCGCAAAGUGGUAUUUUUUCCCAUAUAGUGGGAAAUUGCCGAUGCACAUAAUUCUGGUGCAGGAUACCAGAUAAAAUUAUAUUUUUGUUUGUUCUAUUAUUUUUCUCGGCUUUGCUUGUCUAUGCAAUGACAGAUACGGUUGCAUUUCUGUGCUUGAGUCUUUGUGUGCAUUCCAAAUGCAUUCCAAAUGGCACCCUAUUGAGUGCACUACUUUUGACCAGGGCCCAUAGGAUUCUAGUCGAAUGUAAUGCCCUAUAUAGGGAAUAGUGUGCCAUUUGGGACAGAUACUUUGUCUCACCACCACUUUAGUGGAAGCAGAAAGGAAAAGACAGUCAGAUCUGUCAUAUGUUGAUCAUAAUGUGUGGGUCCCAUCUCUGAACUUUACUGUGUGCUAGCUGUGUCACCUUACAAAGAAGAUUAUGUCAAGAUUUGAAGUUUUUGUUUUCAGUUCUGAGCCUGUAUUUAUACUGUAAAGCAUCUCACACUAGGAGUGCUGAUCUAAGAGUAGGUCCCUCUUAUUCAUUAUGGUCUAAAAUGCUAAACUGAUCCUAGAUCAGUGUUCCUACUCUGAGAUCUUUUGUGAAUAUUGGCCCUGGUUGUGAUUGUGUGAUGUAGUCUACUAAGACAGUCUGGCUUUAUGUAAUUUUGUCAUUCUUAUAUCAUCGUUACUAUGCCACAAGUUCUGUGACCGUGUUACAAUCUCUUCGCUCUUAGACUACCAUGAGCUUGAUCCAUGUUGUUAAUGUAAUGCCUUACUUUAAUUCAGUCUUAUUUUGUAAGACGGCAGGUAUUUGCGUAUGGUAUCUGAAAAACUCUGGUAUCUGAAAAAUGGUAUCUGAAAAAUGCUAUUAAAUUAGUCACGUUGCUAUGAACCAAUGUAUUCACCUUCAGAUGUAUACAUAUGGAUUUCACACAGCAAUAAAUAUCAUGCAUUAACAGGUUUCUGAGCACACAACAAUAUUAAGCGUGGAAUGUAUAUAAAAUGCCCUUUUUAAAGAUAUAUAUUUUUUUUUUUUGAGAUGUCAGCGUAUAAACAAAAACAUUGAGCGACUCGAAAUCAUGACAGAAGUGUAAAAACAGAGACAGUCCAGAACAGAUGUUGAGAUUGUGGUUUUGAGCAACGGUCAAAUGUUUCACAAUACUUUUCAAGGGUCACAUGUUGAAGGAAUUCAACUGUUCAUUUUGUCUGUGUCAAAAAUGGCAAUCUAUUUUCUAUGGGAAUAGGGAAUAGUGUACCAUUUCAGACACAAUAAUAGUGGCUCAAAUGACACCGGUCAAUGAAGUCUGCCUCCAGUCUGCCUGUCUACCCAGCAGGGAAAUCUAUAGACAAGGUAUGUUCUUUAUCCUCCUGCUAUUUACACUUAUUCAGGGCCAGCUUUAGCCUUUUGGGGGCCCUAAGCGAGAUUUAGUUUGGGGGCCCCCCACCUCGCAGCAAAACAUUUUAGUGGCCCCCCACUUCACGGUGGAGAGACACAUUUUAGUUCUGAAGUUACUUUCCUGCAAUUCUACCAGAGGUGGCACCACAGGUCCCAGAGUGGUGUGGUGAAUUAUUUUACUGGGGCCAGUCGUUUUUCCUGAUCUGAUAACCUAACCAGGUAAAACUCCAGACCUUAUAUGUUAUGAUGUGAUUAAUCAGUAAAAAGGUUUAAUAUGGGCUAUGAUGGGACAAGAGCCAUUCUAAUUACAGUGCCUUCUGAAAGUAUUCACACCCCUUGACUUUUUCCACAUUUUGUUGUGUUACAGUCUGAAUUUAAAAUA